CGGACGAGGUGGGAGGCGCGCUAAGAUAUCCCCCUUUCGGAGCGAGUGAAACCGAGUCAACCGGACGACAUGUUGGUCCAGGCCGCUGCUAAGGCGCACACGGAAUAAUUCUUCCUACUGGAGCCGGAAUGGCGGUCAGUUUCCUCGACGGCGUCGAAUGAAAACAGCGCCAUUCGUGUCGGCGUCCAUGAUACGUGAUGUUACUGCAGCGGAUUCCGGAGCUCGAGCUCGGAACGGCAGCGGGAGAGAAGUAACCGCUCCCCCUGCUCCGCGUUUACUUCAACCAACGGCACGUUGUGCCCGUGAAGUAAGACUUGGCUCUAAGAUGGAUCCUUGCGACUGAGAGGCAAACACACCGUUGUGUUCUGCACAGCAGCUGAUGCCUCCAAUCAGCACAAGCCAUGCCUGACGAGUAGAGUCUCCGUUUUGCUCAAAGCAAUAAAAAACAACAACUCAAAGAAAGGAAGUACAACAAGAAAAACAACAACAUCCUACAUGUCACCCCAUGUAGUCCCCCUCUGGUGCGCCCUGCCAAAGUGACCCCCCCCCCCUGCACACUCACCCAGCCCAUCCUUCCUACCCCUCCACCCGCACCCACUCCGCAGUACCCAGCCGUCACCAUGCCACUCCAGCUGAGGAUGACCAACACCUGAGAGCUCCAUGCGUCCCGUUAGCACCGAUUCCGACGGUCCCGCUCCUCCCCAAGGCCUCUCACGCCCCCGUCCCUUCCCUCCGGUGGGCCCCCCGCUGCCCGGUUCCGACAUGUCCCUGCGCCAGUCGCUGGGGCCGGUCCAGAGCUGGCUGGGCCAGGAGCUGGAGAAGUGUGGUAUCGACGCCGUCAUCUACACCCGCUACGUCCUCAGCCUCCUCCUGCACGACAGCUACGACUAUGACCUGCAGGACCAGUGUGUUCCCUCUUUCCACCAGGAGAACGACAUCUUCCUGGGCUGGGAGAAGGGCGCCGGGAAGAAGUGGGGCAAGAGCAAGAGGAAGGGAGGGACGGACCUGAGUCUGGAGGAGAUCAAGAAGCAAGCCGCCGUGCAGUGUCUGCGUUCUGCCUCUGAUGAGAAUUCUGGAAUUGAGAGCCUGGUUGAAGAGCUUUGCUCCAAGCUCAAGGACAUCCAGAACCAACAGAAAGAAGCAAAACAGAUCAGAAAGAAAUCGGAUGGUUCCCAGUCUCCUGAACGAGCAGAGUCCCCCUCUUCAAAGGACCAGGUGGAAAUGUAUUAUGAAGCCUUCCCUCCUUUGUGCGAGAAACCUGUUUGUCUGCAAGAGAUCAUGACGGUGUGGAACAAGGCUAAAGCCUGCGCCUACUCGAGUUCUUCCUCCUCUGCAGCCCCACAGACCAGCACGGACACCUCUUCUCCAAAAGAUUGUAACAGCGAGGGAGAGGUGACCAAGGAGAGGAGCCUGGAGCCGGGUGCUACCACCAUCACCAUCGAGAAAGCGCAUCAGCGUCAAAACAAGGAGAAGGAAAACCGAUACCACGGGAGCGCAGCGGCCGAGGAAAGACCUGCCGUCCACACGAAGAGGCCCAUGAGGCACCGAGCAGAGGGGAAGCAUCGUCCCCGCUCCUGGUCCUCUGGCUCUAGCGAGGCCGGCUCAAGCUCCAGCGGGAACCAAGGUGAUUCCAAAUCGUCCAGCAACAAAGCAGUAAGAACCAGGCACAAGUCCAGAGAGGUGGGGAAGGCUAAGAGAGGGCGCAACAGCGGACAGAUAAAGUUGACCACAAAGGUCAACGAAAGAGGGGAACGAAGGAAUGCAGGAUGCAGCGUCGGAGUCAGUGUCGGAGGUGGCCCAGUCAAACAACCACAGCUUUACAGAAAGGGGAAGAGGUCGAUGAAGGAGAACCGUAAAGAUCCGAGCUGGGCAGAGGCUAAAGAGUCUGCCCUCGAGGCCAGGGACAAAAAAGAGUAUAUGGAGGAGCCCCUUUGGUACACCGAGCCCAUCACAGAGUAUUUUGUACCUCUCAGCAGCAAACACAGCAAGCUGGAGACGAAGUACCGAAGCAAAGCUGAAUCCAUGGAAAGCUUUGCCCUGUCCACUGACAUGGAGAGGCUUGCGGAGGGCAGCCAGGGAAUCUGCAUCGCCAACGAGAGCUACCAGAGGGCCUACUUGGCGGCGGGCUCCUUCGUAGACGGCCACUUUGUGGAGGGGCCGGACGGAGUGGAAGACGAAGCAGACGACCUCGCCGGAAACUCUUGCUGCCCUCAGCCAGAGGACGGUGGAGAUUUAGAUGACAAGCAUCUGUCCGAAUUUACUCACUUCUAUGAAGUAGACAUAUACCAAUCCAUAUUGGAUACGAGUGCCUCAGACUCCAUACAAGAGAGUCGGAUCCUCAACAUGAUUCGACAAAAAAGCAAAGAGCAAAGAGACAUUGAGGCAGAAUGUUGUUUAGUAUUAGAUGGCCUUGAGCUGAGAGGGGAAAGUGCAAUAAGGGCAGAAUCGCAGAAGGAAUCGGAGUCUGUCGGAUUCCUAAUGCAGGAUCUUGACCACACGGCUCCAAUCUGGGGGAGCUACUCUCCCUCCAGCUCCGAGGAUGUAGAGGGAGAGAGCUUUGUAGAUACUCCUAUCCUGCUGUCGCCCCUGCUGGACAGUGUGUCCUUCACCCUGAGCAUGCUGAACCCCGAGAUGUCCCGUCUUCCUGAAGCCCCCGGGGAGCCAUCUGCGCCCAACUCCUCCUGUUUCUCGCUCUUUGAGCUGCAGUACGAUAGCCCCAACGUCCCCUUUCCCUGCGACUCACUCGCUGUCGGUCACGAAAACAACACGGAUUCAAGUAGCUGUCUCGACCCACAUUCUAAUAAACAGUCUCGUUUGCUAAUAUGGACCAAAAAUAGUGCCUUUGACGAAACGGAACAGAAUUGUUCCAACCUUUCGACGCGAACGUGUAGUCCAUGGUCGCACUCUGAGGAGACGCGUUCAGACAACGAGCAAGGGAACGUACAAAUGGAGGAUCCCGCUCAGAUUGGCAACGAAGAAAUUAACUGUAAUAUCGCCCCAAUUUCUGGUACCUACCUAGAGGAGGAAAUCCUAGAGUUUUUGCAGGAAGAUACCAGUCGGAAGUGUGAGGAGAGCAACAUUAGCACACCGUUAAGUCAAACAUUCACCAAGAAAUCUAAAUUGGAGUCAAUAUGUGGCAUAGCUUUGGAGGAGGACGAUAGCAGGCAGUACAACAGUGGCAUAUAUUCUGACAGCACAAACCAACAGAGUGAUGAUUACAGCUCAGGGAUAAUUAAGGACAUUUGGACAGCCAUCGGAGAGGGCGAUCCUUUGGCGUCCCAGCAAGGAGUAGAGAAGCCAAGCCAAGGCAUGCUUUUGGACAGCCCGAGCGGUUACUGCGGCAGCUGUCUGGAGGUCCAGGCAAAAGUGAGUCCAAUUCAGGGCCCCGCGGAGAAGGCGGUGCAGCGAUCCGAGUAUCACCUGUGGGAGGGCAAAAAUGAAGAGCAGGUCAGCCUGGUCAAGAAUAAGCUCCCUAAGGCCGAUGGUGCCGGGGACUACAUGACUCCGUCCAAGCCCUGGGACAUGACCUCUGACAAGGAGAGCACGUCGUUCAUUCUAGGAGGGGUGUACGGAGAGCUGAAAACGUUGAGCGGAGACAAGAACUGGGCGGUGGUACCGCCUGGUGAAGCCCAGGGAAGCCUCCUGCAGUGUGCGGCAGCGGCAGCUUCGGCCUCCGGCUCGGACAUGGUGACUGUAUCUGGCGCAGACGUGUUCAUGAACGCCAGCAGCCGCUUCGCGCCUGGGCACAGGCCCCUGUGGAGGCCCCUGGUGUCAUUUGGGCAGGGCGACCACCAGGCCAUCAGGGGAGGAGGUGAAGAGGGAUUGAACAAGGGGUUUUCUUUCAUCUUCCAUGAAGAUUUACUUGGGUCGUAUGGAGGCUUCAGCAGCAAGGAGCAAGACCUAGAAUACCCGUUUGCAUCCAUCAGCCUGACAAAUCCCUUCUCCCAGGUACUUCAUGUCGAGUGUUCCUUCGAGCCUGAGGACAUGGCUUCAUUUAGCCCGGGGUUCAAACCCAAGUCGAUACUUUGCUCAGAUUCCGAGAGCGAAGCCCUCCAACCGCGUAUAUACGGCAUCAACCGGACGCAGUACAGGGCCAUCCGCAUAUCCCCCAGGACACACUUCCGGCCGAUAUCCGCCUCGGACCUGUCUCCCGCCGGAGGUAGUGACUCGGAGGCAGAGUCCGAAAAAGAAGAGAUAAGCUUUCCUGACCCGCCACCGGUGGAUGUCUUAGAAGACCCGCAGGCGGACCUCAAACCUCUGGAAGAGGACGCAGAGUGUGAGGGCCCUUUCUAUGGAAAGUCGGAACUGGAAUCUGGGAAGUUCCUGCCCAGAUUAAAGAAAUCGGGCAUGGAAAAGAGUGCCCAGACCUCUCUGGAUUCUCAGGAGGGCUCUGGCACCCUCCUUCCCAUCGCUGAGCAAGAGGUCUGCCUCGACUGUAAGAAGGCGGCAGCUUUGUCGAUCGCGAGUGAAAGGGUCGACGUCCCGCUCAGCAAGAUUGACAAGGAGGCUCCUUGUGGGGAAAAAGAUUCCUGCUUAUGUGCAUUGGCAGAUCAAGUGCAUGGGAUCACCUACGACCUCGUCAAAGAUAAAGCAGAGUUUCCCCUGUUGAGCAUAAGUGGACAGGGAGGAACCAGCACCCAGCAGGAUGACUGCUGGUGGCAAAACACUCUUUGCUCCCCUCUUUUCCCUGGAUCUCAAUGUACAGGGAGCAGCAACAUUUGAAUACUCCGGUUUUACAGGGGACACCUGUUGUAAGAGAGGAAGGGUCUUCCUCGCUGGCGACUGGACCUCCACCAGCCAGAGACGUGGGGAGGGGGGUCUCAUUUGAACACCUCACUGAAGGCUCAUGUUCCAAAGAGACUGCCCCCCUCCUCACUUCACACACCAACCUAAUCCUGCUGAUUUACUUUUUAUGUUAAACCUUGUGUAAUCAACAAUCAGAUCGACAAAAAUAUAUAUAUACAUACAAAAAGCAAACAAAAAUGGGAAAAGAAAAAAAAACAAGUGUUCAUGUCUUUGCGCCAUGUGCAGUCGUGGCGAAAUGUUUUAGUUGAAUCUUAUUUCUCAUUGUACUUUGGUCCCAAGACUUACAGUUAGGUAUAAUGGGGGAGGGGGUACAAAAGCAAACAUGCUUUUCUGACCUGGUCACUUCUCCUUCACAUUUCUUUUGUUUUUAUUUAUUUUGUUGCUUUUGAGCUUAGGAUACUGCUUCGGUGGUGUCCGGCUGGAUGUGCAUGUGUUUGUCUCAAAUAGUCUCACUCCUUGUUUUCUAAACGUGACCUAUAGGGACCUAACCGAUUGCGGUUUAAAAUGUGUAAACUGCCCCCCGCACCCCCAUAAAACGAGUGCUAAUGCAUCAUUUAAUUUUUGUAACCCCAUCCUCUGUUCAGAAAGUCUACAUCAAAAAUGGAUGUUGGGGGAUGGGGGGGUAGUUUUUGAGUUGUUUGAGAAAUAAAUAGCUUGGAUGCCUUUCUGAAUGAAGUAGUGUGUGGGUGUUUUGUUUUUCUUUUGUUUUUAUCUGAAUGCCCUCCUCCCCCCCCCCCCCCCCAAAAACAAUUUUCUGCAAUGUCAAGUCGGUUCUUCUUUAUUUUUAUAGCGACUGUCCACAACACCACAGAGAAUCAGCGUGGGGGAUGGGAAGGAAGGGGGGAAGGGCUGUGACGAAAUGUCUUUAUUUUCCUUUCCUGCGGGAUUAAAAGAAAAAUUGGUGCUAUGAUUAUAAAAAGGAAAGUCUGGAUGUAUAUAGAUAUCUUAAGAUAUAUAGAUAUCAAUAUAGAUAUAGGAAUAGAUAGAGCUAUAUCUUGUUCUAUAUCUAUAUAUAGAUAUAGAUAUACAUCUUGAUUAGAUGAUAUAGCCAAUUUUGUUCAGUCCAGACAGUAGAAUGCUUUACUUUCGGUAUUGAUAUGUUUUAUGAGGGGGAAAAACGACACAUUUUUGGCUGUUCUUUGAAUUUGCUUUACAAUGUUUUUUUUUCUUUCUUUUUUUUUCACGAUUACUUUUAACCUUGCGUCCACGCCAGGCCUGUAAUCGAUACUGAAACACAGGCAUGUGAAGAAGCUUCCCUUGUGCAAAGUUUAACACAACAUUUAACAAAGUAUAGCGUUUUCCCUUGUCAGUAGAACUCCAGCAAAAAAAAAAAGUAUAUACUAUUUUGAAUGGUAGAAACAAAGAGAAAAAGACGACACAGAAAGAUACUAGAUACAAAUGCUUUAUUCUUUAUUGAAGUGUUUUUUUCCUCAAUUUUAUUUUUGGUUCAUAAUAUUGUUCAAAUAUCCAGCAGUUUCACUGUGUGUGAGCGUGUGUCUGUACGUUUGCAUUGAGCUUAUAACACUAAUUUAACAAAUUUGUGCGCUCAGACUUUAUCUCAGAGAACACAGUGUAUGCAAAACAUACAUUUUUCUAAAUGCAAGUAAUUUGUUUUCCCCAAUUAGUUCAACACAUGUAUUUCAUAAAAGCCCUAAAAUGGGUGGUUGGAUUGAUACUUUUUGUGGCCUGUGCAUUGGAAAUUAAAUUUUGAGGUAAUGCACCUGCAAAUAUUUGCUUUUAUUCUUUUUAUUUUGUGCAUGUGUUUUAGGCUCUGCGGUGGAUUACAGUUUCUGCUCUCCCUGUUUAAUUAUUGAAGGGAUUUGGGAGGAACUCGCACUGCACUCUACCUAUUUGAAGCACAGAUUACGAGAAAACCCAAACCAUCAUCGCAUUGUUUGUAGUGGCCGAACCGUGCUGCCAUAUACCUUCUCUCUGUGUGCCGACCGCUGUAAUGAACUGAUGCAGGUCAAGGUCCACACCGCUGUGGCCGUGGCUUUACAUACGGCAUCUCUGAUGGGUCAUCUUGAGUUCCAAUGCAGAGUCAUGCAUUCAUUGUAUGAAUACAUGCCCCAAGCAACAUGUAUUUCCUUUUUGGUCACUGUUGGGUUGACCGUAGAGGUCUAGUGGCAAGGUCUCUGAAUUCAGGGGAUUGCUUUAUUUUGAUUCUCUUGACAGUCAUACAACUCAGGAAAUUGUUUCAAAAAGGCAAACAACACAAAUUGCACUCACGUCAGCGAGUGUGUAAGAGGAAACAGAAGGAUUUUAGAGCGGAUUAGUGAUACUUCCAACUAGUUGACUGUCAAAAAGGUAAUGCUUAAAUGCUAGGGUUUUAGGGGCAACCAAGCCACCGUAGGUUAGGUAAGCAAUGUGGGGGGUAUUCCCAGGACCCUCAGUCCUAUGCAAUACCUUUGCGCAUGUAAACUUUAACAUUUAGGAUAUGGAGAAAUCGUAUCACUUAAUUUUGCAUGUUAAUUACUUUUGGAGUUAGAGGGAUGGCUGAAAUGAUCUGCGCAUUUUUUCUUAAAAAAAACAAAUGCAGCAUGCAAACAUUACACUCCCAUCAAUUUAUGUUGGAUUUAGGUAAAAAUAAAAAAGCAAUUAAAAACAUGACUGUGUGUGUGUGAGUGUGUGUGCGCGUGGGUGUGUGUUUAUUUGUCUGUAGAAAAAGUUAAGUCACAAAAAAGCACUUACCUGGGGCAUUGGAAAUCAGUGCAUCCUUUAUUAAUUAUAUUCUUCCAUUGCUGGGUUGCUUGAAAACAAAUAAACAAAAAACAUGUUUGAUUGGAGAAUGCAUUCGAAACCACAUGGGUAUGAUUGCACUGUGGUGCUGGAACAAAUCCAGCCCUCAACAUCUUUAUUUUCAUUCCCAAACAUUCAUGCCCUUCAUCUUCUAUUACACUCUUCCAUGUUCUCCCCCAACCUCAUCAGUCCCAAAGUAGAUGUGUUGUUCGGAUUUCAUGAUCAUACCAAGUAAAUGAUUUGGUUUCAUUGUGGAGUGUCUUUUACAUCUAAAUAAACAAAUAAACCAGCCUA